UGUAUGCAUGUAUGUGUGUGUAUGUAUAUGUAUGUAUGUAUGUAUGUAUGUAUGUAUGUAUGAAGAUUGAUUGAGGAGGAUGUCAAGCAGCUUCCAGCUGUCGCCAAACAGGUAGAGCCUGAGCCACACGAUGAAGACGAAGGACAAACAGAAGCAAGACUGGAGCACAUCCUUCACACAGAGAGGAGCAUGAAACAAACCCUGGGAGAGAGGUCCUGGACCCCAUCCAGCUGGUCUUCAACCAGCGUUGGUCUUGGUUCACUGAGUCAGGAGCUCCGGGUCCAUCUCAACCACUGGUCUUGUCUGUUCUCCAAAGUCCACUCUGACUGCUACCUGAGACCAGUUCUGGUCCAGCAGACCCGGCUGCUGGUGGAAAUCAAACAGACUCUGGACUUACUUGGUCUGCAGGCACUGGUUUUGAUGGAACAUUAUGUGUAUGUCAUUCUGUGUGCUAUAGCUCGGACUGAAUUAGACUCUGUACCAAGAGAAGUCCUGGAGGAUAUUUUAGCUGGAACAGACCUGUAUAACCAGGCAGUGGGAGAGCAGAGAUCACAGCAAAGUACCACCCAGCUGAGGACUGCAGUAUUACAGCAGGCGCAUAAUUCCACACUGGACUGUAGUCUUCCAAACAACAAAGUCCGUCACCCUGCUGCCUUCACAGUCAAAGAGCUGAUGAUGAUUUUAGCGGUGCAUCAAGCAGACAUGGCAGCCAAGCAGCUGCACUGCUGGGCCUCUAAACAGAGCUGUCCCAUCUGUCAGGUCCACACCAACCACGAGGCCUAUGCAUGUUCACACAGCUCUGCUGGUCAGGUGGCCAAUCCACUCGGAUCUGCACUAAGAUCUGAGUGGACCUGGGAGCAGCUGCAGCUGCAGCACACCUACCUUAUUUCCUCUCCUCUCUUCUCUAUUCAUCAUCAGUCAUCGUCUAGUCGCACUUGCCAUAAGACUCCUCCUGUUUACAUCCCUGACCCUCAUUUGGACAGUACUAUCUUUGAAAAACACCAUCCUGUGUUAGCCAAGCCCACCUUUGUCCAACACAGACCAGAGGGCUCUAACAAAGACCAAACCAGCCAGUGCCAAACAUACAUAUCCCAGACGGGUCUAGUCCAGACUAAUAUGGAAGCUUUAGUCUCAGUCCAACCAAAUCUAGAAAGUUUGGAAAACCGUAAACUAUUGCAGACCAUUUCCCCCCCUUCACCCACCCCCCACUGUCUUUCAGCCCUGCCUCUGUCAGGGGUUUGCCAACAGGACCAUUCCUCAGUAGAGCUACUUUUUCAGGUACUAGUUUCCUCCAAUGACCUGCUGGCUCCUCUGGUGUCACAUACACCUACACCAGGGGCUCCAUCUGAACCACUGCGCCCAGAUACAAUGGCAGAUGUGCUAUCACCAAACGGAAAGAGUGACCUGAUGAUUUUAAAUGCUCCCAGUAUAAAUCCAGCUGAUUCAGAAUGGAAUAUUCUGAGUACAGAGCUGAGCAAGGACCGGAAUGUGGAAGGAACUCAGCAGGAACGGGCUGAACUGAAACUAACAACCAGCUCAGGUGUUAGAAACCUAGAGAAGGAGGAGACAGGGGGAGCAGAGGGGACAACAGUGGAGCUAGACGGUCUUCGUUGGCCCCACUCGGUCCAGUGGUUGGACCUUGGUCAGUCGCUGUUGUUUGCGGAUCUGUUUGGACAGUACCGCUCCCUGUUGUGGACUCUCUGCAGCAAAGCCCUGUGGCUGCAGCUGCAUGUGCCACGAGCAGGAAAUGGUGCAGGAAGCAUCAACCUCCAAGACAAACACAGGGGCUUCCAUAUCCUGCACAGGAUGAGUCAAGCUUCAGAGACAGAUCUGGUUCCAGAGGAGUGCAGAACCAUGCUGGAGGACUUCUGUCUGUAUCUGUUAGUCAUUACAGCACAUGCUCAGUGGGACUAUGAGGUGUGCAGAAGUUUAGGUUCAGCUCUGAAAGACAAGUGUCUCACAGCUGUGAAUCAGCAAGAUGGACAUGUGAUGAUGUCAGUGACCAUGGAGCACCUCCUGCUGCUGUCCCCUCCCCUCCUGUCGGCUCUGAGCUGCCCUCACUCAAACAGUUCUUAUAGCCUCUUUCCUUCCAGGCUCCCUCUCCAGAGACAGACUGUUAGCUUGGUGUUAGCCACAGUGCAGCUGUCGAUGGUCUGGGUCAUGUCCAAGGCUUACCAGUUCCUCUCUUCAUGGAGCCUCAAGAAGUUCCUGCUCAUCACACAGGGAGACCUCAAAGUGCUGAGGGAGUCAAUAGAGAUGAUGGUGCAUCAGACAAAGUCCCUGAUGAUGAAUUCAGAUAGUAACCAACAUUCUACUCUUCAUCACCACAACCAGCUUCUGCUGAGGCAGCAACUUGAAGGACUGGACAGGGCUGUAUCCGAGCUGCAGACCUUCUCCUCUCUGGUGCUGAAGACCUUCUCCAGCGACUGCAAGCGGAUGUCAGGGGAGAUCUUUAAACAGACCAUGCCUUCUGCUGUACACUGGAGACCCAGUCUCAGGACAGGUUUUCCCAGCAGCCCCAGUGAGUAUGCAUCUUUGGCAGCUCAGACUGUGAUUGGUCAGGUUUUAGAGGGUGUGGCACCAUUGUCUGAUGAUGCCCGUGUCCAAGCACUGAGUAUAACAAUGACGGCUUUCAUGGAGGCGUGGAUGGAACACAUCCUGAAACAGAGGAUCAAAUUCAGUGUGCAGGGAGCUCUCCAGCUGAAGCAGGACUUUGAUUCCAUAAGAGAGUUGAUCCAGUCGGACCAAUACGGCCUGUCAGCUGAACUCCACCAACGGCUGCUCAGCCUCCGGGUGUUUCAACAAGUGGACUCAGCAGUGGUGUGUCUGCUCCAGCAGCCACAGGCCAAACCAUACCUGCAGUCCAGAGCCUGGGAACCUUUCAAACGCUGCUGUCCAGCCAACAGCAGAGACAGCCUUGAUGCAGCAAUGGGGAGCAGUAUAACCAACUUGAGGUGUAUGGAGGGUGAGGACCCGACUCAGUCUGAUCCCUCGGUUGUGACGGCUGACGUCCCUCCAGUGAACCCAUCCAGCCCUGGACAGCCCUACCUUGCUCCAAGAGGCCGAAGAUGUCGUCCAGGUACCGGAAGUACAGGAGGGGUUUGUGUUGGAUUUUGGUGAAUGCCACCUCCUCCCAAUGGGCCAGGUAGAUGUCGGCAUACGAUGGUGAGUAUUUCCGGCCCAUUGCACAGCCGCACAGCUGGAGAUAGUGCUUAUUGUUAAAUUUGAAGUCAUUUCUGGUGAGGGUGAUUUGUAAUAACUGUAUGAUUUAUUUGUCGGGUCUGGCUGGGUCUGGGUGCUUAUUGAAAAUGUUUUGAAUGGCAGCAAGGCCAAGUGGUGUUUCAAUGUUAGUGUAAAGGGAGUCUAUAUCUAUGGAAAAAAGGAAAGUGUGACCGGGUACUUGAAGGUUUUUUAUUUUAUUAACAAAUUGGUAAGUGUCUUGGAGGUAACUGGGAUGAAGUCUGGAGAGUGGGUUAAUGAAAUGAUCUAUGUAUUCUGUUAUUCUAUAUGAUUCGGAAUUACAUUCACUAACAAUGGGGCGGAACAACAGAGGGGACCGUCCAUGUCACAGGAGGCUUGUGGAUCUUGGGGAGAAGGUAGAAGAGGCCUGGGUUCAUCUGGACCGUCCAGGUAUUGCUUUUGUUUUGCGGUUAUCUGUUUAUUAUGGUUUAGACUAUGUGUAAUGUUCCUUACAAGUUGUUGUGUUUCUAGUUGUAUAGAAUGUGUAAGUGGUUUAUGGUAUGUGUUGUCAUUUAACUGUGUUUCGGCUUCUAAAAUGUAGUUGUGUCUGUCCUGUAAAACUAUUUGUCCCCCUUUAUCUGCUGGUUUAAUGGGUUAGGUUAAGGUUAGGGUUAAGGAAAAGGUUAGGUGGGGGCUUUUUCUUUUUUUUCUGCGGAGCAAUAGGGGAGUUCCUGAUAGGCUGCAACUCCCUCCAAUCAAAUGACUAAGCCGUCUCAUCUGUCUAGUUGAAUACCUGGGCACCCAAAACCCGGUACACCAGGAAAAAGUAGAAAUAUGGUAAAAAGCCAUAUCAUUGUUUGUAAGACAACCGGUUAAGGGUCCCAUAAGAAAUAUAAAUCGGAAAUACCGAGCACAAACACCAAGUGAAUAAAAUACACCUGUACAUGUCCCCCAGGGUGUAUCAUCUCCAUAAAUCAUUGGGUCCCGUGUUAUAGAACACUUGAAGGUCCAAAGAUGGAUCAACAAAUUUACUCUACUGUGUUUCAAUCUCAACCCAAUGAGUUUUAAAACCAAGUGAAAAUUAAAGCUGCGAGCAGCAUUGAUCGGGCCCUCACAACUUCACGCACGUUGAGGGUACUGGCAG